AUGGCGCAGUCGGCUCGCUUUCGUGGGUCGUUUGAUCCUCUUGGGGCAGACAGUGUGAGGGCGUUGUGUAAGCUUCUGAAUCCAGAAGACGAGGACGAAGUAGAGCUCGCUGGCAGGACGGUUCAGCGAUCCCACAUGAGUCCAGGAGAUCUCCAUGAAGGAAAUAAGCCAACAGCAAAGCCAAACGUUAAAGUUGAAGUGAGAAGGCCCCAUGGCCUGAGCAGAAACGACAAGUCGACUUCCUUGAACGGGAACACACCGGCGGGUCAGGGCAAAGACUCUCGUGUACUGCCGGAAUAUGAGAUACUCCACCAGCAGACUGUCGGCUCUGAGGACGUUUUUCUCGGGAUUAGCGGCAAAGAUCCAUCAUCAGAUCACUGCGACAAACUCGUGGCCAAGGUGAAGCUUCCUGACACAGAAUUGAAGGCAAUUACGUUGGAGGUCGAGGACCAUCGCCUCUUGGUCGAGACGCCGGUGCAUCGGCUUAAUCUGCCUCUGUCAAACCCAGGUAAGGGAGAGCCACCUGGGCACCGUGUGCCCUUGCGGAGGUUUUGUACCAGGGAACGAGCUGCCGAACCGUUCCCACCGUUUUAA